AUGGAUAGAGAUGAAGAAAACUACUAUGGAAAACACGGUGAACCAAGGAAAUUUGACCCAAAGUUCAGAGGACCUAUUCAUAACAGGCACUGUACAGACAUUAUUUGCUGUGUGAUCUUCAUAGUAGUCAUUCUGGGUUACAUUGCAUUAGGAAUUGUGGCUUGGGUGCACGGUGACCCCAGGAAAGUGAUUUAUCCAACUGACAGCUAUGGGCAGUUCUGUGGUCAGAAAGAUACCCUCAAUGAGAACAAGACCAUUUUGUUUUACUUUAACAUUCUGAAAUGUGCCAGCCCCAUAGUGUUAAUAAACCUACAGUGCCCUACAACACAGCUUUGUGUCUCAAAGUGCCCAGACAGGUUUGCAACCUACAUUGAUGUUCAGGCUUCCUACAGAUAUAAACCAGAUCAGUGGAAUUACUUCAGGCAAUUCUGCAAACCUGGUUUUAACAAUCCUCGCAAGUCUGUUGCUCAAGUCCUACGUGAUGAAGAUUGUCCUUCGAUGAUCAUUCCAAGCAGGCCUUUUCUUAAGAGAUGCUUCCCAGACUUCUCCACGAAGAAUGGUGUGCUAACUGUGGCAAAUCAGACUACAUUCAAAGAUGGAAGAGGGAAAACAAGAAAUGUAACUGAUCUCAGGGAAGCUGCAAACGGCAUCAAUAAUGUCCUGGAUGCAAGAUCAGUUGGAAUGAAAAUUUUUGAAGACUAUGCCAUUUCUUGGUAUUGGAUUUUAAUUGGGCUGUUCAUUGCAAUGAUAGUAAGUCUGCUCUUCCUUGUGUUAUUGAGGUUCACGGCUGGGGUCCUCUUCUGGAUUUUCAUCUUUGGUGUGAUUGGAAUUAUAGGUUAUGGCAUCUGGCAUUGUUACUGGGAGUAUGAUCAUCUUAAAGGAAUACCUGGAUCUGACCUCACUGUUUACGACAUUGGAUUCCAGACAGACUUCAGAGUGUACCUGCAACUGAGGCAAACAUGGUUAGCAUUUAUGAUAAUACUUUGUGUUGUUGAGGUCAUAAUCAUACUGAUGCUGAUCUUCCUAAGGAAUCGGAUCCGGAUUGCUAUUGCACUGUUGAAGGAAGGUAGUAGGGCUAUUGGCUAUAUAAUGUCUACAUUGUUCUACCCAAUCGUCACCUUCAUACUCAUUGCAAUCUGUAUUUCCUACUGGGCUGUGACAGCUGUUUUUCUGGCUACAUCAGGAGAACCUGUGUAUAAAGUAAUGGCUAAUCAAACACUGUGCAAGUAUGCAAACCUGACUUGUGACCCAGAGACUUUUAACACAACCAAUGUGACUAAAUUGUGUCCGGGUGCUCAGUGUACUUUUGCUUUUUAUGGGGGAGAAAGCCUGUACCAUAAGUACAUCUUCAUCUUCCAGUUAGCCAAUGCCUUUGUCUUUCUGUGGCUGGUGAACUUUGCAAUUGCACUGGGUCAGUGUACCCUUGCUGGUGCCUUUGCCUCUUAUUACUGGGCUUCUCGGAAACCAGCUGAUAUUCCACUGUGGCCACUCUUCUCUUCAUUUGGACGAGCCAUACGAUACCAUACAGGUUCGCUGGCAUUUGGAGCCUUAAUUCUUGCAAUUGUCCAGCUUAUUAGAGUAAUACUGGAGUACUUGGAUCACAAACUGAAAGGUACACAGAACUCCUUCACUAGAUUUCUACUCUGCUGCCUCAAAUGCUGUUUCUGGUGUUUGGAAAGAUUCUUAAAAUUUAUAAACAGAAAUGCCUACAUCAUGAUUGCCAUAUAUGGUAAAAACUUCUGCACCUCGGCAAAGGAAGCAUUCUUUUUGCUUAUGCGGAAUGUGGUGAGAGUUGCAGUUCUGGACAAAGUUACAGACUUUCUUUUAUUCCUGGGGAAAAUUCUCGUUGCUGGUGGUGUAGGUGUUCUUGCUUUCUUUUUCUUCACACAGAGAAUACCAGUCUUUGCACAGGAAGCACCAACGUUAAAUUACUACUGGGUGCCAUUGUUGACGGUCAUUAUUGGCUCCUACUUAGUUGCACAUGGGUUCUUCAGCGUCUAUGCAAUGUGUGUCGACACGCUUUUCCUCUGCUUUUGUGAAGACCUGGAAAGAAAUGAUGGAUCUACAGCAAAACCCUACUUCAUGUCAGCUAGCCUUCACCGAAUUCUAGGGAAGAAGGAACUAAGCCCGAAGAAGGCAGUGGGAUAACAUACACUAAACCUCAACAUCAAAACAGUGUCACUUUUAAGCAAAACGUGUAUAAAGUAGGCAAAAGUAAAAACUGUAAAUGAUG